GCUCGGCUUCGAUCGGUUCGUUUCGUAAUCGGAACUACAAGGUCGUCAACAUUCUUGUUAUUCGGAAUUACCAUUGUGCAAUCAUAAAAAAUCGACCAACAACAAAUGGCAGGAUGGCCCAAAUUCCCGUCGUCUUCACCCAAUGACCUCCCUCCAGCUUACUCAGAGCUUUACCCAAGCUUAAGUCGCAGUAUCAACGACGCUGCCCCUGACGACAACUUGGAUCAAGUUUGCCAAAUCUGCCACCAACCAAUACAUGGUGCAGAAGCUAAAUGUACAGUGUGUUUUCUAACCCUGCACUCAACUUGUUUGGAAAGAAUCAACAACUUUGUUGUUGACGUUGACUUGAGAACAUGGAAGUGCAAAAAAUGCACGAAAACCACCAACAGAGUGGACGACAUAGAGGUCAGAAUGCUCAAAAUACAAAAUGAGCAUCUGAUGAAAGAGAAACAAAGUUUGGAAAGAAUUGUAGCUAAACUAGAAAAACGAAUACAUAAUUUGAAGGCGCAUAAUGGAAGACAAGAAACUGAGGAAGAUCACCACUGGGUUAAUUUUUCAACCCUCGGGUCAGCCCUCCCCAAAAACAUCGUCCAAGGGGGCGUGGACGUCGACCGUCACCCCAUUUACGUGGGUAGAGCCCACUACAGUGGCGAUUUGCUCCCAGCUAAAGUGAUUCCAGGGAAAAAAGCGGCAUAUGUGGCUUACGACGGCAAAGAACGCCAAGUGUACAAUUUAGAGGUUCUGUGUGCUAAAAAUUCUUCAUGGUUGUUGAGCCAUGGGGGAUAUACGCGUCCGGGGGCCCUCAAAGGCGGCUACACCAGCAGUGGGGAAUCCUUAUACAUCGGAAGGGUUCGCCACAAAGGGUCUUUAACAGUCGGAAAAAUACACCCAAGCCACCACGUCUGCUAUAUCCCGUUCGACGGUAAAGAAAUUGCUUAUUCGGAGUACGAGGUGUUGGUGCUCCAGUUGAGACACAAACCUCGUCUGAUUCAUGACACUUCGCAAACUCUGUGUGUAAUUUUAAGAUCAGACGAUCACUGCACAAGAUCACUGAACGAUAUAUGGGGUCUUCAAGGGCCCAGUUCUCCCCCAUUUGUACCAACUGAGCCCCCGCCAUCAUACUCAGAGCUUUACCCAAAGUUCAGCCGCAGUAUCAAUGAAGCCGCCCCAGACGAUAAUUUGGAUAAAGUUUGCCAAAUCUGCCUCCAACCAAUACAUGGUGCAGAAGCUAAAUGUACAGUGUGUUUCCUGCCCCUGCACUCAACUUGUUUAGAAAGAAUUAACAACUUGGUUGUUGAUAUUGACUUUGAAACAUGGAAAUGCAAGAAAUGCGUCAGAUCCACCACCACAAUGAGAGACACAGCCAUACUCAAAAUACAAAAUGAACAUCACUUGAAAGAAAAACAGGGAGGAAUAGUGGCAAAACUAGAAAGAGGGAUACAUAACUUGAAGUCCCACAUUAAAAGACAAGAAAGUGAGGAAGAUCACCACUGGGUUUAUUUUACUACCCUUUGGGAUUCCCCCCUCCCCAAAAACAUCGUCCAAGGGGGCGUAGACGUCGACGGUCAUGCCAUUUACGUGGGUAGAGCCCACUACAGUGGCGACUUGCUCCCAAUUAAAGUUAUUCCAGAGAAAAAAGCAGGAUUUGCGGCUUACAAUUGCAAGGAACACCAACUGUGCAAUUUUGAAGUUUUGUGUGCCAAAAACGUUUCAUGGGUUUUGAGCCAUGGAGGACAUACCCAUCGUGGGGCUCUCAAAGGGGGGCACACCAGUACUGGGGAAUCUUUGUACAUUGGAAGGGUUCACCAUGAAGGCUCUCUAACCGUUGGAAAAAUACAUCCAAGUCACCAUGUUUGCUAUAUUCCGUUUGGCGGUGAAGAAAUUGCGUAUUCGGAAUACGAAGUGUUGGUCCUCCGAGCAUGAGCUCUUAUUUUUGUUAAUCGCAUUUAGUUUUACGUGUUUUUUUAUAUAAAUAAGCGAUAAUGGUGACAUCUCGCGGGUAACAAUGACGUUUUGAGCUGCCAUCUAGCGGUAAAUUUGUACUAAUAAAAUUGUCAUACACCUGUAAAAUCACAUUUUGAAAAUUAAAAUUGAUUACUUACU